UCUCCCAGCGAGCGAACACUUCCGCAGCAAUAUGGGGAAGAAGACGGAGGGUUCGAUCCCUCCUCUGGUGUACAGCAUAGCGGACCGCGCCGACAAACAGCUCCUGAUUUGUCCUCCCGUGACGCGCUUCUUCUUCGGACGGAGAGAGCCGUUCCACAAACUCCUGAUCCAGGGCGACUCUGCGGGGCGACUGACGGUGUGGAGCAUCCCAGAGACGUCACCCUUACAGCCGCUGUCCUCCGCCGCAGAGCUGCAGGAGUCGGUCAGCAUCAGUCUGCAGGAGGCCUUUGAUAAGUUAAUGCCGUCUCCAGCCGGCAUCAUUGACCAGCUGAGCGUCCUGUCCGGCUCUAACGAGCCCAUUAAGGUGACGGCGAGCGUCUACAUCCCGUCUCAGGGCCGACUGGUGUGCGGACGAGAAGACGGCAGCAUCGUACUCGUUCCUGCUACACAGACGGCCAUCGUUCAGCUGCUGCAGGGAGAACACAUGCUGCGCAGGGGCUGGCCUCCUCAUCGCACUCUCAGAGGUCACAGGCACAAGGUGACGUGUCUGCUGUACCCACACCAGGUCUCUCCGCGCUACGAUCAGCGCUCGCUGGUCUCCGGCGGCGUCGACUUCUCCGUCAUCAUCUGGGACAUCUUCACCGGCGAGAUGAAGCACAUCUUCUGCGUUCACGGAGGAGAAAUCACACAGCUGAUCGUGCCUCCAGAAAACUGCAGCACGCGCGUGCAGCACUGCGUGUGUUCGGUGGCCAGCGAUCACUCCGUCGGUCUGCUGAGUCUGAGGGAGAGGAAGUGCAUCAUGCUGGCCUCCAGACAUCUCUUCCCCAUCCAGGUCAUCAAGUGGAGGCCGUGUGACGAUUAUCUGGUGGUGGGCUGCUCCGACGGGUCCGUCUACGUCUGGCAGAUGGACACAGGAGCGCUGGACCGCUGUGUGAUGGGAAUAACGGCGGUGGAGAUUCUGAACGCGUGUGACGAGGUUGUUCCCGCCGCUCUGGACUCCCUCAAUCACCCCGCGGUGAACCUGAAGCAGGCCAUGACCCGCCGCAGUCUGGCUGCGCUCAAGAACAUGGCCCAACACAAGCUGCAGACGCUCGCCACCAACCUGCUCGCGGCCGACAACGCCGACAAGGGAAACCUUCCCAAAUACUCGCACAACUCUCUGGUGGUGCAGGCCAUGAAGACCAACGUGACGGAUCCGGACAUGCAUGUGCUGUUCUUCGACGUGGAGGCCGUGAUCAUCCAGUUACUGACGGAGGAGGCGCAGCGGCCCAACCCCACCCUCAUUUCGCCAGAGACGCUGCAGAAAGCGCAGGGCGGAGCCGACAAGGGCGGGUCCUUCCUAGCCAAUAAGAUCUUCAAACAGGUGAAGGAGACCAUUAAAGAAAACAUCAAGGAGCACCUGCUGGAUGAAGACGAGGAUGAGGAGGAAGAGCAGCGGCGGCGCGAGGAGAAGUCCAAGUCUCUGAGUCUGCUGGAGUACAAUCUGACCAUGGACACGGCCAAGCUCUUCAUGUCCUGCCUGCACGCCUGGGGUCUGAACGGAGAGCUGGACGAGGUGUGUCUGACCCGGCUAGGCAUGCUCCGCCCGCACACGCCCGUCUCCUUCGGCCUGAUCUCUCGCGGAGGACACAUGUCGCUCAUGCUGCCCACCUUCAAAGACUCGCUGCUCCGGCAGCUGGCCGAAGGAUGCGCCGAGGGCCGCAAGCUCUCCGUCUCCGAGAUCGUGGGCAAAGGCACGUAUGGCGUCUCCAGAGCCGUGACCACGCAGCACCUGCUCUCCGUCAUCUCGCUGGCUAACACUCUGAUGGGCAUGACCAACGCCACCUUCAUCGGGGAGCACAUGAAGAAAGCACCAGCCAGGCCCCCAAGACCAGGAACCCCUGAGACCCUGAGAAAAAGCACCACGCAGGCCUCCAGCCCGGCCCUGCAAGCUCAGAUCAAACAAGGUUGGAGUCAGCUGGCUGCCAUGCAUUGUGUCAUGCUUCCGGAUCUUCUGGGUUUGGAUAAGUUCAGGCCUCCUCUGCUGGAGAUGUUGGCUCGCAGAUGGCAGGACCGCUGCCUGGAGGUUCGAGAGGCGGCCCAGGCGCUGCUGUUGGCUGAACUGCGGCGGAUCGGUCAGUCGGGCCGGAAGGACACCAUUGACAUGUGGGCGCCGUAUCUGCCGCAGUAUGUGGACGCGGUCAGCUCUCCGGGAACCGCCCCCGAGACCGCCCAGCCGGCCCCGCCCCCUGCAGAAGCCCCGCCCACCGAGACCAAAGCUCCAGAGGAAGAGAUGGACGUGACGGAUGAUGACAUCACUGCAGGCUGUCUGUCGAACCUGCCGCCGAACGCGAAGAUCUGUAACUCAUACGAGGAGCGGAGGAAGCAGGCGACGGCCAUCGUUCUGCUGGGAGUGAUCGGAGCCGAGUUCGGUGCAGAGAUCGAACCUCCCAAACUACCUUCCCGCGCUCGCACCAGCACUCAGGCUCCCGACGGAUUCGGUCUGACCACCGGAGGAUCCAACUACUCACUGGCCCGACACACCUGUAAAGCCCUGACGUUCCUCCUCCUCCAGCCGCCCAGUCCCAAGCUGCCGGCCCACAGCACCAUCCGGCGCACAGCCAUCGAUCUGAUCGGCCGAGGCUUCACGGUGUGGGAGCCAUAUAUGGACGUGUCGGCGGUUCUCAUGGGUCUGCUGGAGCUCUGCGCCGACGCCGAGAAGCAGCUGUCCAACAUCUCAAUGGGUCUUCCUCUGAGCCCCGGCGCUGAUUCAGCCCGAUCGGCCCGGCAUGCCCUCUCCCUGAUCGCCACUGCCAGACCUCCCGCCUUCAUCACCACCAUCGCUCGAGAGGUUCACAGACACACAGCGAUGCAGUCCCAGGGCUCUCAGUCUCAGCAGAACGUUCACACCACGACACUCGCUCGCGCCAAAACUGAAAUCCUGCGCGUCAUGGAGAUUCUCAUCGAGAAAAUGCCGUCUGAUGUGGUGGACCUGCUGGUGGAGGUGAUGGACAUCAUCAUGUACUGCAUUGAAGGCUCUCUGGUGAAGAAGAAAGGCCUGUCUGAGUGUUUCCCAGCCAUCUGCAGGUUUUAUAUGGUGGCGUACUGUGAUCGCAGCUAUCGUAUCGCUGUCGGCGCCCGUCAGGGUUCAGUGGCCCUUUAUGACGUUCGCACUGGAAAAUGCCAGCAUAUUCACGGACAUAAAGGACCCAUAACGGCGGUGUCCUUCGCACCGGACGGACGUUAUCUGGCCACCUACUCCAACGCUGACAGCCACAUCUCCUUCUGGCAGAUGAACACGUCUCUGUUAGGCAGCAUCGGGAUGUUGAACUCGGCUCCUCAGCUGCGCUGCAUCAAAACCUAUCAGGUUCCUCCGGUCCAGCCGGCGUCGCCCGGAUCCCAGAACGCCCUCAAACUGGCCCGCCUCAUCUGGACCUCCAACCGCAACGUCAUCCUCAUGGCCCACGACGGCAAGGAGCACCGCUUCAUGGUCUGAGGGGUCAGGGGUCGCGUGACCUUUGACCUUCCCAGCUGAGCUGUCAACUGGUUUACACUCUUCCUUUCAUUCCUCUGUUUAUUUAAAGCAUUUGAAGUUUUGUUCUCUUUUGACUAUUUAUGAAGAUGAUAAAGGACUGCAGGUCACUAAAACGUGUUUUUGUGCUUGACGGUCAAGCGAGGUUUUGCUCAGGCGAAGCAAAUAUGAGUUUUAUUUUAGUUUUCUCUCCGGUUGAUUCGCUGAAGCUGUUUUAUCAUUCCAGCUAUAUAAACACACAUUUGACUCGUUUGGUCUAAAUCAGAGAAAGAUCCCUCGCUGACGUUAUUUAGAAUCGCAGAAUCCUCGUUCGUACUGAAUGACUGGAAUCGUAUCGUGAUAUCGUGUAUCAUAGGAAUGGUUUUUGUUUGCGCUCGUGCUGUAGUCGUGAACUCUUCGGUUUGCUGUUGUCUGUGUUUUUGUGAGUCGUUGGUUCGUGUGAAGUCACUGGCACUGAAAUACACGUUUAAAAGCAGUCGCGUUGGCUUUCCCACACGCCGCCGUCUGCUGUAAUCCACUGAUAGAGGUGUAUUCUAGAGACACGGCUGUGACGUAAAACACAUUGAAAUCUGCAUCUGCAACGUCACAGCAGCUGAAUUUAUUCAGGAUUUCAUCCCACAAUUAACAACAAAAAAGAAUUUUAUAUUUGCGUGAAGAGCUAUUUUAGGAUCAUUAAGGUUUUUUUGCAUUGUGCAGUGUUUUUCAUAACAAUUAAAUCUAUUUUGAGAAU